AUGGGCGCUGGCAUAGCUGAAGUGUCUGUGAAAAACGGUUUUAUGACUUACUUGAAAGAUGUCAGCCAAACAACUCUCGACCGCGCAGAGCAGUCCAUCUCGAAAGCGCUGGAAAAGUCUGUUCGAAAUCACAAAAUGACCAAUCAUGAAAAGAAUGUGGCCAUUUCCAGUCUCGUUGCUUGCACUGACUAUCGUGACCUGAGCAACGCUGAUAUGAUCAUCGAAGCUGUUUUCGAAGACAUGGACUUGAAGCAGAAAGUGAUUAAGGAAGUUGAAGCGGUUGUCCCAAGCCACUGCAUCAUUGCAACGAACACGUCGGCGCUGCCUAUUACGAAAAUCGCUGAAGCCAGCAGCCGUCCCGAAGCCGUAAUUGGUAUGCACUACUUCUCACCGGUUCCGAGAAUGCAACUGCUCGAAAUUAUCAAUACAAGAAAAACGUCUCGGGAAGUGACCGCAGCUGCGGUUGAUGUCGGUCUUCGACAGAAUAAGCUGGUGAUCACGGUAAAGGACAGUCCCGGCUUCUACACGACUCGCAUUUUAAGUGCUGGUUUUGCAACGCUGAUUGACGAGGUGGGCUUUGACGUGGCACUGCACAUUUCGCAGUUUCUGAGUACGGACGUAUCCCAUGUCGUUUUAAUGCGUUUCGGUUUUGGCAUCAACAUUAAUUUUAGGCGACAAGUUCGGCAA